GAGAGAGAUGCAGGAGGGUGGGUAGCGUAGGAAAACGAAAUAGUAAACUCUGAGAAUAAGGUCGGUGGCUAGAUAAAUGUGUUUGGCAUGUUACUUUUGUGCAGUAUGUGUUAAUGCAUUGAUAACUAACUUAUGUUAUAUGUUGUGAGCUUUUACCGUGACCGUAAUGUACAAGGACUGAAGGAGGAGUGGUGUUUUAAACUGGUUUGCGUUGACGCAUAGCUAGAUCAUCGCUAGACAACGUUACUACCCAGCAGUGGAGUAGACUUUGUCGGCCCAUCAAAUUAAUACGUAACAAUGUGCUGGCUUUAAUUAUGCUUGUAUUUGGGAUUAUUCUCUAUUGGCAACUCUGAAAAUAUUGAUGUCGAUUUCAUCUAAGUACAAAGAAAACUGACUCUGUACUGUAAUCAAUAUGGCAAAUCUGUAGCAGUCAGGCCUAGCCAGGGAUAGGCCGUGGUCACUGGUCAUAGACUGGAGGUUUGAGCGGUAUUUCAACUAGUACCGGUGGUUCCGUGUAGUUCAGCCGUGCCUGGGUCUCUUUCGACCGACCAGAGCAGCUGCACGCAUUGCCCCUUCGCUACAAAUAGCUAGAUUAAAGCGUCAAUCAGAAACGGAAGUCACGGACCCUGUUUCGGUAAAAAGCGGAGGGAUAGGACUGGAGAAAUGUAUCUACUCUCAAAUUCAUAGACAGAGCUAUGGAUGCAAGGACUGACCAUCCAUGAUAUCAAAAUAAUAGUUUUAACCAUGUUUUGAGGCUAUAUAGUGUUUCUUUACAAACAUUGAAGGUAAACCAGCUUUUAUUUUGGGUUCUGGUGGAGUGUGGCAGUUGAACUAAGAUCGAGGCAUUUCUACAUUUUAUUCUUCAAGAUUCAAUGGGUCCAUAUCAUUAAUUUAGCAACUGCUGAUUGCCCCUUUAAUUAUUGUGUAAUUAUUGUAUUUGUUCAUGUUUUAUUAGGAUCCCCAUUAGCUGUUACAAUAACAGUAGUUCCUCUCCCUGGGGUCCUAAUCUAGGAGGCGGAAAGGGCAGAGAGAGGGAUAGCCUAUGCCGUUAGAGAGAAUCUAGUUCAGUAGGACAAGAUUGGGUUUUCAGGAGUGAGCAAAUGUCAGACCCGCUUCACAGGACUAUAUAUAGUCUGUCAGAAAACUAGUGGUGGCUGACCCCUGUAGAGGGGCAAGGCUCUUUUAUGGAGUAACACAGCCUGGCAACCUAGUGCCAGUCUGUCACACUAGUCCGCUAGUACUGGAAUGCAGUGUUCCAUUGUUGGAGUGCAACCUGCCUCAAAGCAUAAUAAAGCCUCUGCCAAGAGGCUCAGACCUUUAUUGCACAGGAGGUUUCCUUGUAGCAAAGUCACUGGUUCCAGCUCCCUUAUUCACCACACAAUCAAAAUAAAUACAGUUGGAAGAUAGAACUGCUUGUCUUGAUCCGUUAUGUUAUUUGCAUGUCACCUUUGUUUGUAUUGAUCUGUAAUGGUACCUUUGUGAAGAGCUCUGUUACUACGUGUCAGUAAUUUAUGUACACUGACUGAAGGAGAGGUGUGUACACAAUCAAAAUGCCAUAGUCAGCUGUGGUUGUGUUGACUGAAUUAUACAGAUGAUACAAGCUGCAUUUUUGCCCAUAGCUCACAAUUCCUGGUGUCUCCCGUAGGUGUGUGUGUGUGUGUUGGCGCUGCUCUGAGAGUGUGUGUGUGGCGCUGUUCUGAGAGUGUGUGUGUGUGUGGCGCUGCUCUGAGAGUGUGUGUGUGUGUGGCGCUGCUCUGAGAGUGUGUGUGUGGCGCUGUUCUGAGAGUGUGUGUGUGUGUGGCGCUGUUCUGAGAGUGUGUGUGUGUGUGGCGCUGUUCUGAGAGUGUGUGUGUGUGUGUGUGUGUGUGUGUGUGGCGCUGCUCUGAGAGUGUGUGUGUGUGUGGCGCUGCUCUGAGAGUGUGUGUGUGUGUGGCGCUGUUCUGAGAGUGUGUGUGUGUGUGUGUGUGUGGCGCUGCUCUGAGAGUGUGUGUGUGUGUGGCGCUGCUCUGAGAGUGUGUGUGUGUGUGGCGCUGCUCUGAGAGUGUAUGCACCCAGAGCGAGCCACCAUGCCCGUGACAUCACAGCUGUUCCGAGGCUUCCCUCGAGCGAAGCUCUGGGGUUCCUCCCUGUUCCCAUGCCAACGCCAGCUCCCCUGCUGCCCCACCUCCCACCGGCCCACCUCGUCGCAGCCCCACCCCAUAUGGCCGACAGCCAUGCCCGUGCGUGGCUAUAGGAGGAGCCCUGACCUCCACAGCUACAAUCUCACCCCCCCACAGGUCAACUCAAUCCUCAAGGCCAACGAGUACAGCUUCAAGGUUCCAGAGUUUGAUGGUAAGAAUGUAUCGUCGGUGAUGGGGUUCGACAGUAACCAGCUGCCUGCCAACGCACCCAUCGAGGACCGGCGCAGCGCUGCCACCUGUCUGCAGACGCGGGGGAUGCUGCUGGGAGUGUUCGACGGCCAUGCGGGCUGUGCCUGUGCUCAGGCGCUGAGUGAGAGGUUGUUCUACUACGUAGCCAUGUCCUUGAUGCCCCAUGAGACCCUGUGUGAGCUGGAGUCUGCAGUAGAGGCAGGCAGACCCCUCAGCCCCAUCCUGCAGUGGCACAAACACCCCAACGACUACUUCACCAGGGAGGCACAGACUAUGUACUUCAACAGCCUCAGAACCUACUGGCAGGAACUCAUAGACCUCAGCAGUCCAGGGGAGAGCCUAGGGCCCAGAGAGGCGUUGCUGAGUGCCUUUAAGAGACUGGACAGUGACCUGUCUCUGGAGGCUCAGGUGGGAGACGCCAAUUCCUUCCUCCACUACUGGGUUCUGAGAGUGGCCUUCUCUGGAGCGACUGCCUGCGUAGCUCACAUCGAUGGAUCCGACCUGUAUGUAGCGAACACGGGCGACGGCCGGGCGGUGCUGGGGGUCCAGGAGGAGGACGGCUCGUUCAGCGCUCACACGCUCUCCAACGACCACAACGCCCAGAAUGAGAACGAGGUGGCCCGCAUCCAGGGGGAGCACCCCCCCUCUGAGAAGAAGACUGUCGUACGACAGGACCGGUUGUUGGGCCUGCUGAUGCCGUUCCGUGCGUUUGGAGAUGUGAAGUUCAAGUGGAGCAUUGACUUGCAGCGAGGUGUGUUGGAGUCAGGACCAGACCAGCUCCAUGACAACGAACACACCAAGUUCAUCCCCCCCAAUUACCACACCCCUCCCUACCUCACGGCCGAGCCUGAGAUCACACACCACCGCCUCCGACCUCAGGACCGCUUCCUGGUGCUGGGUACAGACGGGCUGUGGGAGACGCUCCAUCGACAGGAGGUGGUCCGGAUCGUAGGGGAGUAUCUAACGGGGGUCCACCAGCGCCAGCCGCUCACCGUGGGGGGUUACCAUGUCACUCUGGGACAGAUGCAGGGGCUGCUGGCUGAGAGGAAGGCCCGUGCCUCCUUAGCGUUCCAGGACCAGAACGCUGCCACCCACCUGAUUCGCCACGCGGUGGGCAACAAUGAGUUUGGAGCAGUGGACCACGAGACGCUGUCCAAGAUGCUGUCUCUGCCUGAGGAACUGGCCCGCAUGUACCGCGAUGACAUCACCAUCAUCAUCACACAGUUCAACCCCCACGUGGUUGGACACCAGCGCCAAGGGGGGGAGUCCUGAGCCAGCUCAGCCUAUCAGAGGGGAACGUGGACAUGAACAGGAAGUUUACUUUCUAGGAGGAAAAACACUGAUGUGAGGACUGGGUCUUGCUACAGACACAUGGUUAAGCUCCAACCUUUAUUUUACCAAACGCACACAAAACAUACUGUUAAUGGACUAACCCUGCAGAGGGAGGACUGCCUACCUUCGGACUCCUUAUUUUAAGACUGUUAUUGAAGAGGUGUGUGUACAGUAUGUGCACAUGUGAGCACACAGUCCUGGUCAUGUGGAUUGGUGAAAUGCUUGCUGAAACUGAUCACAAGUAGGCUCUUUUCUGAGUCUUGUGUGUGUAUGAAGUUUUUUAAAGGAUUUUUGAUCAACCUCCCUGCAGCAUUCUGCUUCUCUGCUCUGUCACAGUCUCUGCCCAUAGGAAACUUUACUUUGUGCCUAAAGAGUUUGCUGCUUUAUAACUAUGUUGUCUGAGCAUUGAGGUAAUGAUACGGUGGCAGCCUUUGUGUUUGUUCAAUCUGGCCUGUCUACUCCUCUACAAACAUCCCUCCCUCUUUCAUAUCACAGAUUCUGUGCUGUGCAGUUGCAGCAUCUGUCUUGCUCUAGAGCUGCAACUGGCCUCCAUCCUGGCUCUACCGCAUGGCUCUUCUGUUACAUAGUAGGGCUCUGUCUGUCUGUUCUGUCAUUGGAUGGAUCAGUGUCCUUUAUACUUGUUACAGACGGACAGCCAAUAGCUCCCAGGCACACUUCUUGUUAUCUUAUAUUUUGAAUAAUGUUUAUUUAAAAUGUUUUUAAUCUGAUUUCAAACAUUGACUAUUUUGUCAACCUUAGAGAGGAAUAACUGCCUGUGUCUAUAAUGCAGAUGUUAUUGCUCUGAGACAGACGGCGUCACUAAGAUAGGAACCAGUAGAGCUACGUAGUGUGCAGGCUUUAGAUCCAGCACUAACACCUCUAUCACAACUACUCACCCACAGGAAUCAGGUUUGUUAUGCGCUGACUGUGUCUGAGAGAUUCUACAGCAGACUGAAGGAGUGGUGGUAUUCUGUAGAGGAGAGAAAGAGGGGUGUGUGAACAUAGUGGUUGAACCUCUCGUGUUUUUUGACAAUUAUACUCUCAUACGGGGGGAUAUGGUAUACUAACGUCAUCAUGCUUACAUGGUGUGUAUUCUAUCAAAAAUGUUUUUAAAAAGUUAACUUUUUA